AUGAGCCGCCAACGCAGUCGUGCUCAGCGCAGCCUUCCACCUCCUCACCCACCUUUCUCCAGCCCCAAGCAAGAGCCACCAAUGCAGUCUCCCUGGGCGCAGCCUUCCCACCAGCCUCCCGCCUCUUGCCCACCUCCGCCCAACACCGAGCUCGAGCCGCAAACACGGUCAGACUUGGCUUCCUCUCCCGCCCUCCUUCCUAUAGCAUCGAGCGCGAGCCGCCAACGUGGUCGCGCUCAGCGUUGCCUCCCAACCUCUGGCCCCCCUUCGCCCAAUGCCGAACGCGAGCCACCAACGCGGUUGCGUCUGGUGUUGCCUCCUACACUUGCACCCCCCCUUCGCCCAAUGCCAAACACAGUCGCGUUUGGCGUCGUCUCCCACCCUCGCGGCCCCCCUUCGACCAGCCCCAAGUGCGAGCCGCCAAUGCGGUCACACUCGGGUUCGCCUCCCGCACUUGGGGUCACCUCUCGCACUCACGCCCUGCCCCGCCCGCCUUCGACCAACCCCAAGCCCGAGCCACCAACGCGGUUGGGCUCGGCGUCGCAUCCCACCCCCCCGCGCCCACCUCUGACCAGCCUCUUGCCUGCCUCUUGCCCGCCUUCUCACCCGCCUCCCCACAUCUCGCCGCCUUCUCACGUCUCUCUCCCCACAUCUUGCCUGCCUCUCCGCCUCCCCACCUCUUGCCGCCUUCUCGCCAGUCUCCCCACCUCUCUCCGGCCUCUCACCCGCCUUCUCGUCUGCCUCCCCGCCUCUCUCUGGUCUCUUGCCCGCCUCCCCACCUCUUGCCCGCCUUCUCACCCGCCUCCCCGCAUCUCGCCGCCUUCUCACAUCUCUCUCCCCACAUCUCGCCCGCCUUCUUGCCCACCUCCCCGCCCCUCUCCGGCCUCCGUUCAACGCCGUGCUCCUGCCUCCCCGCCUCUCCCCCGCCUCUCUCCCAGCCCUGAGCCCGAGCCGCCAACACGGUCGCGCUCGGUGUUGCCUCCCUCCUUUACGCCACCUCCGCCCAGCACGAGCCGGUAA